AUGUACGCAUUAUUCUGCCGGGGUUUUCUCCUGGCCGUCUGCUCCAUUACCCUGUUGGCGAGCCAUUCGGUUGGAGUGCUUGGUUCGCCAGCAUCGAUCCAGGCGGGUUACACCCGACAUCAAGAACGACCAACCCCUCGCCCUGUUAGGACGAUUUCACUUUGUCCUACAGCAGAGCCGCAGAUAUGA